AUGGCGGCGCUGCAGGAGAAGAAGUCAUGCAGCCAGCGGAUGGAGGAGUUUCAGCGCUACUGCUGGAACCCGGACACAGGGCAGAUGCUGGGCCGGACGCUGUCGCGGUGGGUAUGGAUCAGCCUCUACUACGUGGCCUUCUACGUGGUGAUGACCGCAAUCUUUGCUCUGUGCAUUUACACACUCAUGUGCACAAUCGACCCGUACACACCUGACUACCAAGACCAGCUAAAGUCACCAGGGGUGACCUUGAGGCCAGAUGUCUACGGGGACAAGGGCCUGGACAUUUCCUACAAUGUUUCCGACAACAGGACCUGGGUGGACCUCGUGCACACCCUCCACACCUUCCUGGCAGGCUACUCGCCAGAGUCCCAGCAGGACAGCAUCAACUGCACCUUUAAGGAGUACUUCUUCCAGGAAAAGUUCAUGGCCCCCAACCACACCAAGUUCUCCUGCAAGUUCACAGCAGACAUGCUGCAAAAUUGCUCAGGGCUGGUGGACCCCAACUUCGGCUUCGCAGAAGGAAGGCCGUGCUUUGUGAUUAAAAUGAACAGGAUCGUCAAGUUCCUCCCCAGCAACAGCACGGCGCCCAGGGUGGACUGCGCCUUCCUGGACCAGCAAAAGGAUGCCCAGCCCCUGCAGGUGGAGUACUUCCCACCCAACGGCACCUUCAGCCUCCACUACUUCCCUUACUACGGGAGCAAAGCACAGCCCCACUACAGCAACCCUCUGGUCGCUGUAAAACUUCUCAACGUCCCCAGAAACACGGAGGUCCUCAUCGUGUGCAAGAUCCUGGCCGAUCAUGUAACAUUUGACAACCCCCACGAUCCCUACGAGGGGAAGGUGGAGUUCAAGCUCAAAAUCCAGCAGUAG